CGCCGCGCGCACGUUGGCCGCAUUCCCAACCCCGGAAUCUGAGGAAGAAUUUAUCGAGAGGGAGGGGCGCGAUUCGUUGCUCUUCCUUCCUCCAGCCCUCCUCCUGCUCGCCUCCGGCGCGGAGGUGCGCUGCGGUGCGGUGGGCGGAGGGGAGGCCAGGGGAUCAAGGGGCGAACCGAGGGAGGAAAUGGCGGCGUGGACCUCCGUGGGCCUGGUGGCGGUGGCCGUGCUGGUCGUCGGCAUCGCAAUGCCGGCCUCCGCCGCCGUGCAGCCGCCCGCGCCCGCGCCAUCCAGCGACGGCACAUCGAUUGACCAGGGGAUCGCAUACGUGCUGAUGCUGGUGGCCCUUGUGCUCACCUACCUCAUCCAUCCACUGGACGCCUCCUCCCCAUACAGGCUCUUCUAAUCUAAUCAAUAAUUCGGGUUUGUACCUGUAGAGGUAGCUAGCAGCUGUGCGACGAUGAUUUAGGUGAGGGUGCGUAUGUGUGUGUGGUGUUCUAUUUUUGUAUGCGUGUCAGAUGAUUAUGUAUGGACGUGUUUGGUGGUGGCAUGAUUCUGCCAUCAUGUGAGUGUUUCUCUAUUUAGUUCAUGCUAAUAUGUGUGUGUA